AUGAAAUUUCUUGAUGUGGAAAUCGAAAUCAGCCACCGUAUAGAUUUAAACAUAAAUUUUCGAAUCGUUGGAGGAAAGGACGCCGACAUCGGAAAAUAUACUUUCCAAGUGGCCAUAAGACAAGACAAGAGCUUCAUAUGCGGAGGAUCCAUUAUUACGAAUCGGUUUAUUCUUACUGCUGCUCACUGCGUUUACCUGCAAAUCACACAGACCAUCGACGUGAUUGUUGGAACCAAUCGUUUGCUCGAACCCGGGAGUAUUUAUGCAGCGCAGCAACUGAUCUGGCAUCCGGAUUACAAUUCCGAAGAGCUCAUCAAUGACGUCGCUUUAAUAAUGGUAAAAGGAAAUAUUACAUUCAGCAAGACCGUUCAGCCAGUCAACCUUGCGCCCGUGUAUUACAUCGCUCCGGGUGAAAUCGCCGUUGCCAUUGGCUGGGGGAAACUUUCAGAAAAAGGGAACAUUCCGAACGCGCUACAAGAAAUUCACUUAAAGGUGACAACACAGGAUCUGUGCCGACGUAUGUGGGCCGUGGCGGAAACUCAAAUCUGUACGCUCGCAAAGGAAGGGGAGGGUGUUUGCAACGGUGACUCUGGUGGGCCACUGGUUGUGAAGGGCGCGCAAGUUGGAAUCGUUUCGUAUGGCAUUGCGUGCGCUAAGGGUGUACCGGACGUGUACACCAGAGUAUUCUCGUACAAAGACUGGAUAAAAAUGCAUACGAACAUACGCUGGGACACAGGAAGUGGGACCAUCCCGUUUUCAAGAACGUGGAUCCCGAUACUGCUCGCUACACUGGCAUACGUGACUUUAGUUAUAUAA